ACAAAGGUUAUUGUUUUUGUACAACAUGUAUUAUGUAUCAUCUGUGUUGACAUUAACCUUAACGCAUGCCGCGUGUUCCGUCUUUCACGGGUAUACUGUACUAGUUCUUCAAUUGAACUCAAUUCAACAAAAAUCAAUCAAUCUUUCUUCCUUCUUUUAUUCAAAGGAGGAGGAUCCUCACUACCUCAACUUUCUCUUUACACCAUAUAGAGGAAAUUAGGCUGCUUUUGAUUCUAAUUCUGAUUCUGAUUCAGAAACUGUUUGAUGGUACAUUUAUUUGAUGCAACCUGGUCUGGUAUUAUGAAGUGUUUUACAUUCCACUAUGGAGAUAAGAAAGAUGAACCAAAAGGCUUGCAAUCCGGGUCUGGACGGUCAGACAGUUCCACAUAUGUUGAGGUUGAAGGUAGAAGAUGCGGUUCUGAAUUGAAUUCCCAGGAUGUCUCGGACAGUGGCAGCGUGGAAUCCCUUAGGAAGAAUGUGUCUCCCAGUUUGUCCCAAAGACCUAGCAACCUUAGAGUGUUUACUGUAUCUGAACUGAAAUCGGCCACAAAGAAUUUCAGUCGAUCUGUUAUGCUUGGAGAAGGUGGAUUUGGGUGUGUCUAUCAGGGAGUAAUUAGAAGUGUAGAUGACCCUUCUGGAAGAAUUGAGGUUGCAGUUAAACAACUUAGUAAAAGAGGAGUUCAGGGGCAUAGGGAAUGGGUGACUGAAGUGAAUGUUCUGGGCAUUGUUGAGCAUCCCAAUCUUGUGAAACUAGUCGGCUACUGUGCCGAUGAUGACGAAAGAGGAAUCCAGCGGCUUCUGAUUUAUGAAUACAUGCCAAACAGAAGCGUGGAACACCAUUUAUCUCACCGAGCUGAGACUCCUCUCCCUUGGAGUAGGAGAUUAAAAAUAGCACAAGACGCGGCUCGUGGAUUAACGUAUCUGCAUGAGGAAAUGGAUUUUCAGAUAAUUUUCAGAGAUUUCAAAUCUUCAAAUAUCCUUUUGGAUGAUCAGUGGAAUGCAAAGCUAUCAGACUUCGGGUUAGCUAGACUGGGACCGUCGGAUGGACUAACUCAUGUCUCAACAGCGGUUGUAGGAACAAUGGGGUAUGCAUCUCCUGAAUAUGUUCACACUGGACGUCUCACAUCAAAAAACGAUGUAUGGAGCUACGGAAUUUUCCUUUAUGAACUCAUUACUGGUAGGCGCCCUUUAGAUCGAAAUCGUCCCAAGGGUGAACAGAAAAUGUUGGAAUGGAUAAAGCCAUACCUAUCAGACGCAAAGAAAUUUCAACUGAUAUUGGAUCCAAGACUUGAUAAGAAACAAGUAAUUAAAUCAGCCCAGAGACUCGCUGCGAUAGCUAACCGAUGUCUAGUUAAAAACCCGAAAAGUCGUCCAAAGAUGAGCGAGGUUUUGAAAAUGGUGGAAGGAGUAGUAGGAUUAUCGUCUAGUGCUAAUUCACAGAUACCCUUGGAGAACGUGUCAAGAGUUGAAGUUUCCCAUGACACUGAAACAAACAACAACAAGAAACGAACGAUGGAUCAGAAGCACAGAGAAAGUAAUUGGUUUGUUAGGAUGUGGAGACCAAAGAUUGUAAAAACAGGUUGAUUUGGAAGCAAAACAGUUCAUUCAUGUUUCACAAUGCUAUGUUGUUCCAAAACAUGCUAUUAUAUGCUACUUCCUUACUAAUCACCAAACGUUCUUUUGUUUUAUCAAGCUAUUUGUGAAAAUUUUCAGGAUGCUGUUGAAGUUAGGAGGAGUGGUUUAUGAAUUUCAUGAGACAAGAUAGAGUAAUCAUAUAGUUAUGCUAUAGGCAUAUUGGCCGAGCCUGGUGUGAAACACCGGUUGUUAGUUUAGCUAUAGUUUUAGAGUGUUACAAUUAAUUUUUGUACUGGUUACAUUUAAAGGUCCUUAGAAGUUUUGCAGCGUUUCACUUGCAUGGAAAUUCAAGUUCAAAUCCAUAGAGAAGCAAGUCUUGCUCAGAAUUCUCAUAAUCUUUGUGCCGUUGCAUUUUUAUUUUUAUUCCUUGAUAUGUGUUUGUAAA